CGCCGAGGCCGAGGCGCCGAGGGCAGCGCGGCUUUUGCGUUCGCCAAGCCGCGGGGUUUAAAUCUCCCGCCUCCCGCAGCCGGAGCCCGACACCUCCACGCUCCGGUGCGGAGGGGCACCGGCUGCGGGUUCGGCUCGGCAGCGGCGCAGGGCUCGCGAGCGGCGGCAGAGGGAACGGGCGCCGGGACCGACCUCCGAGCUGCCGAACGCGACCCGAGGCGGCGGAGGACCGGCGCGUCGCGGCUCCGGCGUCGAGUCACUCCAUGGAUUUUUUUGGGCAACCCAGACCAGAAGAUAACCAGUCAGUAGUCAGCAGAAUGCAAAAGAAAUACUGGAAAACCAAACAGGUCUUUAUCAAAGCAACCGGGAAAAAGGAGGAUGAGCACGUAGUGGCAUCUGAUGCUGAACUGGAUGCUAAACUUGAGGUUUUUCACUCCAUUCAAGAGACAUGCACUGAACUUCUGAAGAUAGUUGAGAAAUAUCAGCUGAGACUCAAUGUUAUAUCGGAGGAAGAAAACGAACUAGGGCUCUUUUUAAAGUUCCAAGGAGAACGGGAUACAACGCAGGCUGGCAAAAUGAUGGAUGCCACUGGCAAGGCACUCUGUUCUUCAGCCAAUCAAAGAUUGGCUCUGUAUACUCCGCUGUCUCGUCUUAAGCAAGAAGUAGCAACAUUCAGUGAAAGGGCAGUGUCUGAUACCUUGAUGACAGUUAAUCGGAUGGAGCAGGCGCGCACAGAAUAUAGGGGAGCUCUGCUGUGGAUGAAAGACGUAUCCCAGGAACUGGACCCAGACACCUUAAAGCAAAUGGAAAAGUUCCGAAAAGUACAGAUCCAAGUGAGAAAUAGCAAAGCUUCUUUUGACAAGUUAAAGAUGGAUGUUUGUCAGAAAGUGGAUUUACUUGGAGCUAGUCGCUGCAAUAUGUUGUCUCAUUCACUCGCUACCUACCAGAGGACACUGCUUGGAUUCUGGGAGAAAACAGCUCGAAUGAUGUCCCAAAUCCAUGGGACCUGUAUUGGCUUUCAUCCAUAUGAUUUUGUAGCUCUCAAGCAACUACAAGACACUCCAGUCAAGCUUACUGAAGACCACAAGGAAGAACGAAUAGAAGACAGUUCUCUCCCGGAAAACCUCAAUAAGUUAGUUUUGUCAGAUGAGGAAGUGAGCUUGGGAAGUGAACCAGCAACUGAAGAUCACAAGGAAAAACAUUCUGGAAUAAGAGAAUUUGGAGCACCUCAGUUUUCUAACUAUGAAAAUGUUGCAAAAGAUGUACCAGUAGAUUCAUUGGAAGAUGAUUUUGAGAAGGAAUUCUCAUUUCUGAACAGCCUCCUAAGUCCUGGUUGUUGGAGUGCUAGUGAAUUUUCCCAGGAAUGCCAGGCUGUCUUUGGGAGCCCCAAGGCCAGUCUCACAUCCCAGGAGCCUUCUGGGGGAUCUGAGCUUCUUGCUCACUCCUCACGAUUCCUUCCUUCACAACUCUUUGACCUUGGCCUUCGUGCUGCUGGAGCUUUCAACAGCUGGGCCUCCCAAGGGGGAUUAGAACUUCCUCUUUCACACAUUGAUAACCAGUCAGUGCCUUCACAGAGUCCAAAGAAAUUAACAAAAUCUCCCAACAGUGGUAACCAAGACAUGUCAGCCUGGUUCAAUCUAUUUGCAGACUUGGAUCCGCUUUCAAACCCAGAUGCUAUUGGACACUCAGAUGAUGAACUUCUUAAUGCUUGACUGAAGUUAUGAUGCCACUUCAGUGGCCUUGAGACACCAAUUUUGCAACUUAUUGCCUUUGUGGAAAGGAGUUUAUGUUGUCACCUACAUACGAAAACCUUGUGUUUGCAAGGUUAGACAGAUGGAAAGGACCACGUUUUAAUACAUUAAGUAUCUCUUUAAUAUCGUGGAUUUACAGCUGUUGCUAAUAUAUGGAAAAUACUAGAAACUAUUGAGUCUGAAAUACAUACCAAAAGUUAGUUCAAAAAUAACAGCUAGGAAUAAUUAUCAAUAGGAGGUGUGUUUAUCUGUUUGGAAAGCCUUUUAUGUAUAAGAUGCCUUGCUGGCUGUGAGAAUUCUGUAUCUAGAGAAAGGAAGGACAGCAUGUAAACUGGGUUGUGAUUUGGGGUUGGUUUUUAAAUAAAACGGUGGCAGGGGGAAUUCUCUGUUGUGGAAGAUAGCACUAGAACCAGACCAGUUUUUUCUUUAGUUAGAAAGGUAGAAUAAGAUUUGAGAACUCAAUUUGCUUCAGUGAAAUCACAGAGAAACUUGGUGCUUGUUUUCUCCACUUGGAGGCUAAAAUGUAAUAUUCCUUAGUUUUUUUCCUUCAUACAAAAUCAUGGACACCCCCCGAUUUCAUUAUUGAAUUUUCUUGGGGAAGUAGCAGGAUGAUUUAUUUGCUAAGAAGUCCAUCCUCUGCAUAAACAGAAAAAUCUCUCUUCCCAUUUUAUAAACCACAAGAAUGUCCAUCCUAUGGUACUUCAGACAUUGUCCAAGUGUCUUCAGGCCUGAUUGUUCACACAUUGCUACUACAAUGUACUGUACUCAUAUGCUUCCUAAAAGAAAACGAGGGGAGGAUACUCCCUGAGCAACUGGCAGUAGUAUUCCUGAAAUGACCCAGAAACUUCUAUCUGAAUGAGGGAAAAAAAUUCUAAUUAACUUACCCUCGUACAGAUUUGCAAUACUUAUUACCCCACAGUUCUUGACAUGAUUUAACCCAGAAAGCUUUCUGGCAAAGUUACAGAAAGCUCUAUACCAUCAGUAAGGGAGUGUUUUUCCACUUUUCUGUGGGCGACAUCAUCUGAGGCUCUAUUUGAUUACUAAGGACAAACAUACCCUUAAAAGCUUUAGAGUCUAAGUAUUGGAAGGAAGGCUAUUUAAUGAAGUUAGCAUAAGCUAAUGAAAACAUAGCCACUGUAUACACACAGUCACUCAGUUUCCUGUUUUUUCCCAUCCACCCUUUAGUUCUGAGGCAGUUCACCAGGUGUCUUGUUUCAUUGUCCAGUCCAUUGCAUCUGCAUAAGAAAACAUUUUAACUAAGACUUUCACAGUAGUUUUCAUUGUAUUCCUAGUUCUAAACAGGCUUAAUUAUUAUUUACAAGAGAACUGCUUGUAAUCUCUGAGUCUCUGUAUAAAGAAAAACAUUUUUUAGGAAUGGACUAGGGCAGGUAAAAUGCAGCCCACUUCCCAUCCACAACAGUCUGGCCUAACUACAAUCUGAACUGCUCACAAGCUAUUUAGAAAACCACAACUCUGGUCAAGUAGUGUGUAGGCUGGAAAGACCUUAUCUGAGGGUCAGAAACAUGGACUUAAGAAAAGGUUGUGUAAAUCCUUCCUUAAAAUAUUUUCACAUGCUUAUUUCUUUACUUGGUUAACCAUUAAGAAGCAUUUUGUAACUCUCCCUUUUUAUUCAGUUUAAUGCCCCAGAAUGCAAUACUGUCUUUGUUCCGCCAAAAUUCAAU